AUGGAGUACCAGCGAUUAAUAAAUCUGGUAUGCCAGAUUGCAGUUGAACGUAAUUUUGGAUCUUACGACUUUGAGAAUGUUGAUACGACGCAGGUGGCCAAAAGGCUUCAAAGGGAACUUGAGGCUGCAGACCCUGGUAUCAAGAAACUAAUCCGCGAAAGGUACAGAGUCUUGAGUUUACCUGAUUCCCAACCUGCACCGCCAAGUAGAGCAGCGAUCAACUUAUUUGAGAGGAGCAAAGGUAAAUUUACCGAGCCAAGGGACAUACUCGAGCGAACGGCAACGCACUACCUCAGCAUUGGCAACUAUAAGUCCAGCGACAUCGAACAAAUCAAAGGCGACUUCGAUGCGCAAGAUUUAUUUGGGCGCACUUCACUGCAUUACAUGUGCUUAAAUGACGGUGUAUAUGUGGAACAACCCCAAGACCUCAUCAAUUGCGGUGCAGGCCUGGAUGUACAAGCACGAGACGGAGCAACACCGCUACACUAUGCUGCAAUGAGAGGUAGAGAAGAUAAAGCCAGACUUUUGAUUGAAGCUGGAGCGACAGUUGAUAUUUGGGACUUGGCAGGUCGUUCGCCACUCCAUACGGCUGCAGUCCAUGGACACGUAGCUGUGGUAGAAUAUCUAUGGGAUAAGUCAAGGACGGAACUGCGAGACCGUUGGGGCUGGACCGUUCUACAUCUAGCAGCCAAAUCUGGAAGCGACUUGGUAGUGAAACUUCUUCUCAGAUUAAAAUGCGAUAAGGAAGCCAAAGACCGUCGUGGCAGGACUGCGUUGCUUCUGGCAGUAAUCGCAGGAAAGAAAUCAGUGGUUACUUUUCUUAUCAGCGAAGGGGCCAAUACAGAUAUAAGAGAUAACCACGCGUUUGAUAUCUUUAUGAACGCUGUUAUAGUGGGAAGGGUGAACAUGGUCAGGCUUCUCAUCGAUCAAGGGCUUUACGACACCCGGCGAUACAUUGAUGACCUCCUGCCACUUGCAACAGCUCUCCGUCGUGGGCAAGAAGACAUGGUAUGGCUACUGAUAGAUCGGAGUCUCAUCCAUGAAUGGCGUGAGUUCUCAGGGCGAAACCUACUUCACUUUGCCGCGAUGGGACCCAAAAACACCAUUAUGAUUCAGGAGCUACUCGACAGAGGAUUCGAUAUCAACGCCGAAGGUCGCAACGAUAUGUCGCCACUACACGAGGCUGUCCAGUGCGAGAGAUUUUCCAACGUCAAAUUUCUCAUUGAAAAAGGGGCCAAUGUUAACCAACCUGACUUGUGGGGGCAGACGCCGUUAUGGGCUGCAAUUGAUUCAGGCCAAGUACACAUCGUAGAGCUGUUACUUGACAAUGGCGCCUCUGUUGAUGUAUCAUCGACGGAAUCCAGGCCACAAACACUCUUGUCAAUGGUUAAGAAGCAGGGAAACCAAGAAAUUAUUGAUAUGAUACGACAAAAACAAGCUAUAUCUGAGGAUGACUGGGAAGCUAUUCCUUGUUUGUCAGACUUGUCCCCCACGGCCUCUAUUGUAAACUAG